AGCUUGGCGGCCUUUGUCCGCCAGCUCAAGGCGUGGGACGAGGCGUGCGCCGACGGCCGCUCGUCGUGCUGGUUCGAGACGGAGGGCGACCUCCCGCGGCUGGCCGGGGAGGCGCUGCUGGCCGAGGCGGCCGCGACGGGCGCGAGGCGGAUCGCCUUUGACGCCGUCGCGGCGCGUCUCGAGGCGACCGCGGCGCCGCCGCCGCCUCUCGGCACCGCCUUGGCCGCGUGGCCCACGGGAUGGGGCAUCGAGGAGGGCAACUUCUGCGGGCUGGCGCACUGGGCUGUGGAGGUGUGGCACGCGGCCGGGUCGGUCGACGCGAGCCGGUGGCAGGUCGAGGCUGACGGAGGGCGCCUCUUCUUUGUGCGGGGCAUGGCGGCGUGCCGAGAGAGCCUCCGGGCGCUCGGCCUCAAUCAGGGCGCGACCCCGGCCGAGAUCAAGACCGCCUUUCGCAUGCUCGCCAAGACGUGGCACCCGGACAAGCACUCUGGCGCGAGCAAGGCGGCGGCGGAGCAGCGCUUCAAGCAGAUUGCGCUGGCGUACGAGACACUGACGUGGGGCACGAGAGCGCAGUACGGCUCAGCGUCGCGGCCAGGGUACAACCCGUACCAAGGGUACAUGGACUUUGGGGCGGACACGCCCGCUGGCGAGGCGCGCGCGCGGACUGAGCGCCGGCGCAUGCAGUGGACCCUCGGCUGCGUCGCGACCUUUGUGCUUGGGCUGAGCGCCGUCACGCUCUCGGCGCGGAGAGACAACCGGCGGCUCGAGUCGGGCGAGCUGGUCGAGGCGUAUUUCAACCAG